CAGAUAUAAAUCAUAAUGGCAAAAGUUGAUUUCCUCGGAUUCAAGAUACGUUUGAUCACAGCGGCGCUUAUCAUCCAAAGAAAACGCCAUCAAGAUUCAAUAGUCUGUAUCUGUCAAAGACCUUUCACAGCUGUUUUCCUAUUUGGACAUUACAAAAAUAAUUUACAAAACCUCAAAAUGCGUUAUGCUCUCGUGGUAUUCACUCUUUUUGCUGCUGCACACGCAACAAUGUAUUUGCCCCCAUUGAAGGAACAUUAUUAUGCGGACCUAGUACUUCGAGAAUUAAUCGAUCAAAUGGGAAACGAUCUAGUGGAUGCUGCAGAUUCAUAUUUAGAAUAUCAAGACGGAUCAAGAAUUGGUAAUGAUUUUCAGGCGAUGAAGGAAAUUCCAGUUGAAUUGCCAAUUGACUAUGAUGGGAUUGAGACUCUAAAUCCUAAUCCGAGUAUUCGCGAUCAAGAAUAUUUGCAGCACAGUACACUAUGGAGUCAUCAAAAGUCUGAUGAAAAUGGAAACGACAGACACAGAAUUCAACCCGGAGGACUCAAGGGCGCUAAGGAUGAGAAAUCUGAAAAUACUUUGCCCGCCUAUUGCACUCCUCCUAAUCCCUGUCCAGUUGGAUAUACAAGGGAAAAUCAUUGCAUCACUGAUUUUGAGAAUACAGCAGCUUUCAGUCGAGAUUUUCAAAGCGCCCAAGACUGCAUGUGCGACACGGAACACAUGCUUGAUUGUGCAAAUGAAAUUGACACUGAAGAAGAACAAGCAAACUUGAAAAUUUCCAGUACCGAUCUCGACCAAAUUGUUGAAAGAUUCCAGGAGGAAAAUCCAUUCUUUCAAGGUGAAAAAUUGCCCAUCGCUGCUAAAAAAGGAAUUAACGUUGUUUAUUGAGUUAUCAAAAUAAUAGGACAGCCCCGGAAAAUUUGGAUAAAGAAGGAAAACUGAAUUUGAAAAUAAUGGAAGGAAAUUACAAAUUUCUAUUUUAUGGGCAAUAUUUUUUUCUUUUUAUUUUCGAAUACUUGACAGUAAUCGAAAAAUAUUGAUCGGUGUGUAAAUUUUAAUUUUUUCGCGAUCAACAAGACGAAAAGUCUAAAUAGUUUCAAUUGAUUAAUAAUUUGUCUCCAGUUGAAAUCAGAUAAAGUUAGAUAAUUCUAAUUCUUUUAUAUUAAUUCCUUUUUUAAUAUAAAUAUAGAGAAUUUUUUAUUUGUUAAA